UUGAAGUUGAUGUCGUUUCUGAGACGUUCAAAAAAUGCGAAACCAUAUCCUCUUUUUCGCAUUCGUAAGUGUGUAUUCAAUUGUUUCCCUUGUCCUGUUCCAUCUGAUUUAUCGGACCUCGAAGGUGGUGGUAGACGAGGAAUUCCACCUGCGUCAAGGUGAACACUAUUGCCAUGGACGGUUCGAAGUUUGGGACGAAAAAAUCACGACCUUUCCGGGUCUCUACCUGGUAUCAGCAUCGUUGCUCGGACCGUUCCAGGCUUGUUCGAUCUAUCACCUACGAAUGGUUUCGCUGAUAGCAUCCAUUGCCAAUGUAUAUCUGAUUUUCAUCAUCCGUAAGGUGGUCUUGGCCAAUCGGAGCGAUGUCUAUCUGUUGUUGGAAUCCAUCUCACUGGCCACCCUUCCACCGUUGUACUUUUUUUCACAUCUGUACUACACGGAUGUCCUGUCGGUAACGAUGGUGCUGAUUAUGGUGUACUUUAAUUUGAGAGGAAUGCACAACUGGGGAGCCAUUGCGGCAUUUAUGGCCAUCUUGAUGCGACAAACGAACAUUGUGUGGGUAGGGUUGGUACUUGGUGACCAGGUUAUCAAAACGACCCUUGACAUUUGUCUCGCCAAUGGGAAGGGAACCAAAAGGAAAAGUCGACAUUAUGGAUUCAAGGAUCUUUUUCAAGCAGUGAAAAUUCUGAUUGGCAAUCCCAAAAUCAUAUUGGAUGUACUUGGCUGUUCCCUGACGCUGUACUUCGGUUACUUUUUAAACAUUUUAUGCUUCCUCGGGUUUCUUGUUCUUAAUGGAUCGAUCGUCAUUGGAGAUAAAUCGGCGCACGUGGCCAAGAUUCAUCUUCCUCAGGUCUUCUACUUCUCGCUGUUCUUCGCCGCCUUCAGCAGUUCGCACGCCCUAUCCUCGUUGAAACGGGUAGCUCGCUUCAUUCGCAGAAAGUGGCCAAUCACUGUCGUCUGCUUGUGCCUUUUCGCCGCCGCAGUCCAUAUGAACACGAUCGUUCAUCCGUACAUGCUUGCCGACAACCGCCACUACACUUUCUACAUAUGGAAUCGCUUCUACGCUAGAUGGUGGUUCGCCCGAUACCUACCGAUACCAAUCUACUUCGCAGUGUUGGUUCUGCUGGGGCAGCUGCUUCUUCCUAGCAGUAACAACAACGAGCAAACAGUUGGAUUCAGUUUGCUUUGGGUGACAGCUACCCUUGCUUCGGUAGCCUUGCAGCAGUUGAUCGAAGUUCGGUACUUCAUAUUACCAUUCCUCAUUCUAAGAUUGAUUCAAACCAACAUUCGGACAUCGAAUAAACUGCUCGCGUUGGAAGUGGUUGGUAACCUGGCAAUCAACGCCGCUACGUUUUAUAUAUUUGUUAAGAAAGAGUUCUACUGGAGUGACUAUCGGGAAGCUCAACGGAUCAUUUGGUAAGGAAUUUCAAAUAAAGGAUCUCAAAAACUGCUA